AAUAUGAUACAAAUAAAAGUGUAAAUAAGAUAUCGGAAUUAAAUUAUCUAUAAAUUCAUAAAGUGAUUUCAUAAUUCAAAAGAGAAUAGAAAACAGCAUUAUAGGUUACGUUUUCAUUUACUAUGGCACAGUCAACAACUAGUGGAACGUCUUCCCGACGAUAUAUGAGAGAUCACGAUGAUAGUGUAUCGUCCUCGUCGCGUUAUGUGGAUAGUGACUGGGAAACCAAAGAGGCUUUACGACAAAGAGAACUUGAAGAAGCACGAGCACGAGCAGCUCAAAUGGAAAAGACAAUGAAGUGGUGGUCAGAGUGCACGGCUAAUUGGCGAGAAAAAUGGAGUAAAAUACGGAAUGAAAGGAAUAUGGCAAGAGAAGAGGCAAAGAUGCUUAGAUCAAAAUUAGAAAUUGCUGUAAAGGAUGCAAAUAGUUAUAAACACGAGUGCCAAGAACUUGAAUUACAAAAUGAACAAUUAAAGAAGGAAAUGGAGAAAGUACAUACAAUAUUGUUGAAGCAUGCUGGGCAAUUUGACCAACAAAUUUUCACUGUCUUAGAAUCAGAUCCACAAUUAAGAAGUACAUUAGGAAGUCAUAAUAUUUUACCAGACAGAGACAUUGAAGAGUAUGUGCUGCAAGGGGCAGUGCCAAAACACAGGGUUGAAUUAUACAAAGAGAAUUCUAUUAAUUCAUUGGAUAAAGAUAUAGCAAGAUUAGUUACAGAUGCUAGUUCUGUAGAAGAUAAUGUAGAAAAGCAUCAGUCUUCAACGCAAACAUGUAAUGAUGAAUUUUCUGCACAAAAAAUGUUAGCUCUUCAACAAAAAUUAGAUGAAGCAACAAAAAUUAUUUCUACGGAAAGAGAGGAGAAAAAUUCGUUACAUCGCGGUAUAGAGAAAUUAAAGGCAGAAAUAAUACAAUUAAGAAAACAAUGCGAAGAAUUGGAAGAAAAUAAAGCCCAAGCUAUGAGGGAACUACUUGUAUUAAAAGAUCGGUUUCAGAUUGAGCUUAGUGAUGUACAAGCUGAUUUAAUUGAUGAAGCUUCAAGCAGAGAAGGCAUGAAUCGUCGUUUGUCCGAGCUUAGAGCUGAAUUAGAGAAGCUUCAAGCUGAAAAUGCUGCAGAAUGGGGGAAACGAGAACGUUUAGAAACAGACAAAAUUUCGUUAGAACGAGAAAAUAAACAACUUCGUAAUGAGUUACAUGAUUUACAAGAAAGAAUAGAAUCCCGACGAACGCGUCCGGUUUCCACAUCUGAUAGCGAUACAAGACAGUUGCAACAAGAACUUUUAGUGAGAAAUACGAUAUUAAAAAAAUCUUUGGAGGAGAAAACAACAGAGCUUUUGCAUGCAAUGAGGAGAUCAGAACAGUAUGAGGCAGAAGUGAAAAGAGUAAGAUUAAGGGUAGAAGAAUUGAAGAAAGAGUUAGCUGCAGCUCAGGAUGAAGUAGAUGCUGCAGCUAAUAGUGUUCGUAAAUUGCAACGGGCGAAUGAAGAUCUUUUAGAACAAUUAGAAUCUGCUAAUGUACAAUUGGAGCACUUUCGAAAUAGUACUGAUUCCUAUACAGUAGACGUAGGAAUAGGAGAAAAUAUUGAAGACAAAUUACGUACAAAGAGUGAUGGAAAAUUGGCAGAUGCGUAUGAAUUUCAACAAGCCUAGUAUUCACUCAUUUCGAUAAUAUUAUAUUUGAUUUGAAAUGUGAAAAGCAUUUUUUCCUAAAUUUUCCAAAAUGUUUGGAAAUGUUGUCAGUUGAUUUAGUAGUUCUUUCUAAUUGUAUAAAUGACUAUUAAGGGUAUAGGCAAGAGUAAUUUAUUUAACAGGUGUACCAUCGGGAUGUGUUGGCAUUUUAGGCUUGCAGAUUUUUGUCCUGCCAUUAGAAC